AUGCUUAGACGCGCCCCCACUACUAUCCAGCUGACCCAGGCCGAUAUCGAGCAGUACGAGGCCAACCGCCGGCGUAAGCUCAGGGAGCAGCAACAGCAGCAACAGCAACAGCAGCAACAGAACUCUUCCCAGUCCACUCAAGCCUCCGACAAGGUCCAGCAGGUGCCCCAGAAGAGCAAGAAAGAUCGCGUUUUGGGUGGGCGCUGA